AUGGCAGGCCCAUCUAAAGCGGGGCCCGGCUUGUGUUGGCCAGCGUUUGCAACCCGCGGUCCUGUGAGUCCUCAGCAGGCGAGCGAAACCCUAGAUCCAGUCCUCCGAUUCUUUGCCUCUGUUCCAUCCUCGCUAUGCCCUCCGUCGAAUGGAAGCUGGCGGCCGCCGCCUCGCGUGCGGCCGCCGCAGCCGCCGGCUCCUCGCCCGCAGCCCGCUCACACGGUGGAAGCGGCGCCGUCAAGCAUCCUCCCUCUCGGUACCACCUCAUCGGCGGUCACCCUUCGGCAGCUCCUCGUCCUCCUACCCACCCGGAAUUCAACGACGAGGAAGUAUACCGACCCUCUGAUGAAAGAUACACUCACGGUCGCACGCUCCCACCCAUCUUCAACAGCGGGCGCUCAGUUGGAUCCCUCUUCAAUUCUGACAUGAGGUCAGACAAAAAAGGGAUGCUCUUUGGAAAGAAAGACCUUGAGUCUGAGGAAACCUUGUGGGCCUUGUACAAUCGGUGGUUGAGCUACUUCAAUGUGGCACGUGGCAGUGUGGAGAAGAGCUAUCGGUUCAAGAUAUUUAAGGAGAAAGUUGAUUUGGUCUGUAAACUCAAAAGUGAGGAUUUGCAACUCAACCAUCUCUGCGAUGUUCGCGUCGAUGAGCUCUGUCCUCCAAAGCGUUUCCGUCGCCGUGACCAGUGAGGAUCUCCAUGAAUUCUGCAGGAUCUGGCAAGUUGGAAUUCUGCUCCAAAUUUCAGUGAUGUCUUUAUUACUAGGAUGCAGGUCUAUGAGGUACUUUGUUGGGAAUAACGUUGCAUACCCUUGUCAAACUUGUGUUUGUGAAAAAAAUGCUAAGGGCAUGGCCAAUGGUAUGCCCCAACUUACUUCCCGAACAAUCCACCUAGGUUCGGAUGCCACCGUGUAGGCUAAAAUGUGGUUCGGGUGGAGAAGUAGCUGCCUGCAGAGGAGGCGGGAUCCUCAUGUAAAAGUAAGCAAAAAAGCAUGUGAGAGAUGGAAAAAGCGGGAGUGAGAAGAGAAAAGCUGGAAGAAGAGUGGACUGGUGUGGGUCACCGUGUGUUGUAUGCUCACAUCACGAGGUUACUGGUGCGUUGGGCAGAGGUAAAACUAAGCGAUAGCCUCAUGGGCUUGUGCUGAUGUGGCUGCACUGGAGCGACCACUUUAUGCUUCUUCCUCUGUGCAUGCCCUAAGCUGCUUGAUUUGUGGUAUUACUCUACGCGUUUGUAAGCUAACGGUAAAGUGGGAGUUAUGAUAAUGCAUGUGUCCUAUACUGCUCGUUUGGCCACCUGCCAAACCAGAUUUCUGCUUUCAAAGGUAGUGGUGUUGGUUCAGAACUGCAUGAGCAAAUGUAAUUGUCGUAUUUGCUAUAAUGUUAUAACUAUGGUGUGAUCUAUAACCACACUUCGUGCUAUUUGUUUUCUCUUGGCAAUAAGAUGACUACAUAUUUCACCCUAA